AUGAAUGGCUCAAAUGGGAAGAAUAAAGGAAUGAAUGGAAAUGAUGAACCAAACAGAAUUAGAAAAGACAGUCCACAUGGGAAAACACAGAGAAGGAGAGCAAGGAAGAGUAACACCUCUUUCUUUCUGCCUCUUGACCCUCCUGUUCCAAGCAUAGCAUCUUGUUAUAGUGAACAUGCCAUUAAAGUGUCGGAUUCCUAUUGUUCAGGGCCUUCAAGUCAGGCCUAUCUUUCUCCCAACCUUGCCCCUUCAACCCCAAAUACUGUAACAUGUAUAUACAAAGCUAAAAUCUCCUCUGAAAGAAACCUUCUGAUCACCCUCACAUGGUGCAACAACCUCAUAGGCCAAGGCCUAACAAUCAACGUUGGCGAAAGCCUGUCUACUUCAUCUAAAUUCAAUUCAAAUUCUCACCAACUGAGAAAGAACAAAGGCAGCAAAACAUUCAAAUCUUGCAAUUCAGAGAUUGAAGUCUUUUGGGAUGUCUCUAAUGCUCAGUAUAUCAAUGGGCCAGAACCAAGUACCAGGUUUUCUGUUAUGGUUUUAGUUGACUCAGAACUGUGUCUACUUCUUGGGGAUAUGAAUAAGGAACUACUCGUGAAAAACAUUCAAUCAGAACAGCCAGCUCCAAAAUUCUCAUUGGUUUCACGAAGUGAAAAUUUCGUAGGUAGUACUGUUUAUUCAACCAAGGCACAAUUCUGUGAUACAGGAUUGGCUCAUGACAUUUUAAUCAAGUGCAGUGGAGAAGAAGAAGGUUGGAGAAAUCCUGUAUUGUCCGUCUGCAUUGACCAGAGGAAGAUUUUUCAAGUGAAGAGAUUGAGAUGGAACUUCAGAGGGAACCAAAUAAUCUUCUUGGAUGGCUUGAUGGUGGAUAUGAUGUGGGAUUUACAUGACUGGCUCUUUAAGCAAACAUCAGGCUGUGCUGUUUUCAUGUUUAGAACAAGGAGUGGGUUAGAUACCAGGCUUUGGUUGGAGGAAAAAACCAGCAGCUUAGAACAGAAGGAGAAAGAAAGAGCUGAAUUCUCCUUGUUGAUCUGUGCUUGCACGGAUAAGGCAAAGUUUGUACCUUUUUUUUCCUUGAUGGUGGGAUUUCAAAGAAACUUUUCCUUCACCCCUCCUUUCCCUCUUUCUCCUUCCUCCCUUUCCUCUACUCUUCCUUUCCUUUCUCCUUUUGCCCUUCAGGUUCAGGAACCACAACUUUUUGUCUCUUUCAGCAUGUUGAAUAAAGAAGGAAUGGUCUUACUCAAAUGGUAG